AUGAGGCAACUUGGGAAAACGAAGACAAUCUUUGCUGAAGCUCUUGUAAAAGAAUAUUGGGAUAAACUCCAAGAUCCAUCAAAGACUUCUAAAAGUGCACAAAGCUCAGCAAGUUCUAAAACUACAGCAGCAGCCACAAGUUCUAAGAGGACAGUAGCAGCUGCAAGCUCCAAGAGUUCAACAGUCACAGCCCCAAAAGGUAAAAAAAGACUAUCCACAUCAUCUCCUUCUGCCAAACAGGAAACUAAAAGCCAACGAAGUCCCAAAAAAGCAAAAACAACUAAAACUAUAAUAAAAGAGAGUCUUGAUGAUGAUGAUUCUGAAUGCUGGGAGGAAGAAAUUGUUGCAGUUGAAACCGUCACUCGAUGGGAGGAAUAUUCGGUGAUUCCGGCGCAAACUGCAAAUCAAAAUUCAAGAUUCACUGAGGGUUUAAAUUCUGCUGAAAAUUUAGGUAUUCCACUUAGCUAUUUUUUGGGACUAUUUGGUAUGCCUGGUAUGACAGCUUAUUGUGGAUUAUUUAAAAUUGGCCAACCAAAAAAGGGCGAAACUAUUUAUAUUUCGACAGCAGCAGGCGCAGUAGGACAAGUUGCUUGUCAAAUCUCUAAAAUUUUAGGAUUACGUGUUGUUGGUUCCGCUGGUGAUGAUGGUAAAGUUGAUUUCCUUUUAAAUGAAUUGAAACUGGAUGGAGCUUUCAAUUAUAAAAAAGUUGAUAUCAAAAAGAAAUUAAAAGAACUAUGUCCAAAUGGAAUAGAUAUUUAUUUUGAUAAUGUUGGAGGAGAGAUGUUGGAUAUAGUAUUGCUCCAAUUGAAUGAUUUUGCAAGAGUGAUAGGUUGUGGAAUGAUAUCACAAUACAAUGCUGAAAAACCAUACCGUAUCAAAAACCUUAUCGCUACUAUUCCAAAGCGUGCUCUUUAUCAAGGCUUUAUUGUGACCGAUCAUUAUAAAGAAUUGUAUGAGAAGUUUCUAAAAGAUAUGAAUGAGUGGUUUAAAUCUUCCAAAUUAAAGUAUAAAGAAGAAUUCGUUAUAGGAAUUGAAAAUGCGCCUGAAGCCUUUUUGGGACUGUUGAACGGUAAAAAUUUUGGUAAAGUGGUUGUUAAAAUUGAUAAAAAUGCAAAAUUGUGA